AUGAAACAUAAAAGAGAAACUCUGAAAGUGAAGGUGGAGGAGGGGGAUGCAUCCGCUUUCACGAAGACGCCCUCCAAAAGGGGUCGGCUCGAACUUCCUGGCCUAGCCCCACAUCAACACACGGUGCGCACCGCGGAGGAGAUGGAAAAGGCUUACAGUGAGGCCGUUAGGAAGCAUCCCUUUCACGAUAACGCAGAUCACACUAUUGACUUUCACGACGUCAGCGUAUUUCGAGACGCCAAUGGGGCGGUUUGCGGCGUCCUGCUACCAGGAGCUCUGCCUGCAUUUGCCGCUAGCAUGGCAGCCGACGUUUUGCGUCCCGCAGCCACAAGGACGUCUCUAAGGUCAAAUAUGUUCGGUGGGCUAGCGCCUCUCAGUGGGAUCGCCGGUUACUUUGACUACCGCGGCUCCCCGGUGGAACUAAAAUGCCGUAAGACAUCCUUUACGCACGAGCACGUCCAAUCGUGGCCAAAUAUUUUUCCCAUGAUUGACUACGUGAGCGCCAUCUACAAGGCGGUUUUCCCCGCACAGUGGGCCGCGCAGGACGCCGCGGUGCCGGACGUUGUCCGCAUUCACCACUCUCCAUUUUCCACCUUGACGAUUAAUCAGCAAUUUCGGACCGCCUCACACACGGACGCCGGUGAUUUUGAUAUGGGGUACGGUCUGCUGGCGGUUUUGGAGGGUAAAUUUGAAGGUCUCUCCCUCGCAUUUGAUGACUUUGGCGUCUGCUUCCGCAUGCAACCGAGGGACAUUUUGAUUUUCAACACACACUUCUUUCAUUCGAACACGGAACCGGAGUUGGCGGAUCCCAAAGACGAUUGGGAUCGGCUCACCUGUGUCUUCUACUACAGGGCCGCGUUGGGAGAGCCUGCCUGCGUUGCAGAAUACAUGCGGCGUUUGGCGCAUGCCAAGGCACUGGCUGCCACCCCAUCUCCCGUCGUGGACGCCAUUCUUCAGAAGGACAAUGGGAAUAAUUUUAAUAAACCUGCCCCGACCUUUCCUGUUCCGCUCACACCGUUUGGAGGGGCGGCGGGCCUUUGCGCUUUGCAGGGCUGUGCCGCCAAACUCCUGAGGUUGCACGAGUUGCUGCUGGCAAAUCCAACGCUGGAGGUGUUUUUAUUCGGGGAGCCCCUGCGAACGGAGGAUGGCCUGCCGGCCCGUGCAAAGGAGCAGCUCCGGCCCGUGCAUCUUCCUGUGGUUGUCAAGGCGCCUGCUACCGGGGGGUUUAGCGAGAUGGGAAAUGUUCUUAAGGCCGCCGAAGAGAAGCAGUACUUUUUUGAGGAGAAACUGUUGAAAAGUGAACUCGGACCAGAGCUCAUCUCCAUGUGGAGCAAGAGUCGCGCCCAUUGGUUGGCGCUUGUGAAGGAGGACUGGAAGCAUCUCUGUCAAAAAGACCCGAAACGGAAGAAAUUUACGUGGAAAAACACUUCGGCGAUGAAUGCAGCCUUUUUUGACCUUUGCGAGGUGGCAAAGCAGGUGAUGUUUGGACUGCUACACAAGGAAACGCCGUCCGCCGCGGAAGCGCAUUCCUUCUGGGUUCUCUUCGCGGCCCAUUUAAGUCACGCAUGCGCCACUGAGAACGACAUGCCGCGGGAUGCUGUCGACAUGCACAAAAUAAAUGUUAAGCUGAAGGAUUUUCACUUUGGUGGAACUCGGUAUUUGAAAGAUAUGCCGACUGAAGAGCAGGAGAGGCGCUUGGAGAGGCGGAAGCGCAUUGAGGAGGCACGCCGUCGCGGUGGUGCGGCGCAAGAAACACACACGAGCAGUUGGCUGGGGAACGAUGCCUUCGAUUAUCAGCAAGAGGACAGAAAGGUUGACUUUGAGAAAAACGGCUGGAUGACUCCCGAGACAUAUGUGGAGCAUCUGGGUCUCACACCGUGCGGCGGCGCCACGGCGGCUGCCGAUCCAACCACGCCCAUCCACGUCCUCGUCGUCCUUCCGCGAGCUGCCGCAUCGGCGCACGGCCAGACGCCAGACAUCGCCAAAGCGGCGACGGAGGAGUCGACGCGACUGUUGCAAAAUCCGGCUGCGCAGCGUGUCCUGGCGGGGAUGCCACGGAAUGCCACUCUCCCCUCCCACUUGUCCUUUGGUGGUGUGAAAAUCACCGUCGUCUAUGACGGCACCGAGCCCGGCGGCGUUGCGCCUGACUUUGUGGUCCUGCAACACGCUCUUGCCGCCAUAGAGGACGACGAAGCGGCGCGGGCACGCGUGCAGUAUUGGACCUUGCUGGCACGCCAUGCCGUGUUUGUUGUCGAGGCUGACGUCAGGGACCGACGCCACUUUGUCCUGCGGGAGGAGGUACGAGAGGCGUACGAAGGUGUUGCCGAUGCGUGCUUUAGAGCGCUUUACGCCUCGGCGUACUCAACAGAAUCCAUUCGGCUGCGAACGACGCCUUCCCUCAUCGCUCUGAGUAGCUGCAAAAACAUUGGGUGCCGCUUCAAGUUCAGCGGUUCACCCCUAAAUACGAUCGCCCUCAUCGUGGUGAAGAAGCCAUUAAACUUCUAA